AUCUAUCUACAUAUUCUACAGCCUGCAAAAUACAACCAACUGCUGGAAACUGUCCGUAUAAAUAACGCAGCUAUAACCCAAACAAAUUUGUUCCGUAUUUCGGUCAAUGGCUUACUCUCUGCCCUUGGUUGCACCAAGCAACUUCGUUCUCAAGCUUAAAAUUCACUGCUCGAAAUGCGAGAAUAAGCUGAAGAGGAUGCUGCUAAGAGUUGCGGGUGUUCAUUCUGUUAGCAUAGACGCAAAGCAAGGAACUGUGGCUAUCUCAGGCAAUGUGGAGCCUUCCACAAUCUUGAUGUUGCUUGAAAAGGGAGUAGGCAGAAAGGCGGAGCUUUUGUGGGAGCAAAGCCCUUCUGCUUCCUCUACUUCUUCAAAGCUAGAUGGCCAGAAUUUAGAAAUUAUAGCGGAAUCGAAAGUGGUUGAUGAACUAUUUAAUGACCCGAAUGUGGUAGCCCAAUUGGAGCGACUGUCAGGAAUCCAAGGGUUGACAAAUAUUCAGGUAACCUAUUCCAAGACCAUUAAGUUGAGCUUCAAGGGUGAAAAAGACGAUUUAAGUGACAAAAAUGUGCAAGUUACUGCUCGGGACCAGCGUAGUGGGAUUUUUUGUGAGGCUUCCGCGUCGUGUUGCGGUGGCCAUAAUCAUGGUGGUGUGAAUAGGAAUGUGCACGGAUAUGGAAUUGGCGGAUGCUGUGGAAAUCAUGCGGCUGGUUAUCCCAUUGCUUCAUAUGUUUGCCCUGUGCACAGUUGUGACGGAAAUUCCUACUGGCCGCCACAUGCAUGUGGAUCUGUACCUCCACCGGCUCCGCAACCACCGUGUCCUGGUUGUAGUCCAUCAGCCCCGCCUCUGGGGACUACUUAUGAUACCCCGCCUCCACCCACUUCAAUGGGCUAUUCGUACUUUAGCCCUUUCAGCGAUGAUAACCUUUCAAGUGGCUGCAACAUCAUCUGAUGCUGAAAUACUACUGCGCAUACAUAUUUUGACGUAGCUUAAAGAAUAACGAGCACAUGGCCAAACUCCAGCAAAUUGGCGCACCUAUUCAGCUUGCUGAUCAUUUCUUUUCUUAGAGGAAGAUAAUUUGGCUUGAAUUGAUGUUGCGUCACUAAUUUGAGCCUGUAAAAUAUUCCAGCGGUUUGUACAAAUUAUAACUUUGAUUAUCUGCGUUCCUCCAUUUUCAUGUAAUUUCUGAAAGUCUUGCUGCAAGAUGUCAAAAUAUAAAUGUGUGACUAUUCUUCCACAAGGCUAGUAA